GAGCUUAUAACUGGUGAAGGAAAAGCUUAAAACUGUUUAAUAAUUGAAAAAGUGUUUAUACAUAUAAUAUUUAUUUGAUAUUACGACCAUUACCGUCUUUCUGUAAUCAGACUAUAGUAAUGUAUACAGCGAUAUUUGUAAUAGUGUGCCUCGGACUACAAGGAGUUUUAGGGUACCCAGGUGGAGCUCCGUCCUCUGCUUGUGUCUUUCUUCUGCCAAAACAUGGAUAUCCACCUUUUGAGGCUCAGAUUUCACCGAGCCCCUUUAAAUUGGUGUUAUCAUCGGCUACAUACAGCCCCAGUCAGGAGAUGGAAGUUCCAAACACAUUGUUGAAUUCAAAGGUUACGUCAAAAAAGAGAAAAAAAACAGUUGCCAUUGUGUCAGAGGCCUCACCCUUUAAUGGAUGGUUACUUCAAGUGAGACGGGUUGAUAACGAUAUGAUAGUUGGGCAAUUCAUUGCAUCACCGAAAGGAUCCCGAAUCGUCUCUUGUAAUGGCCAGAAUAAUUCAAUAACUCAUUCCAAUAGUCAUAUGUUUCCUAAUACGACUCUCAGAAACAAAUGGAUUGCGCCACAAGAAGAUGUUGGAAAUUUGAUUUUGACAGGGACAGUUUUAAAAGAUUACAGUACGUUUUGGGGACCUCUUGAAUCUAAUGAGAUUCCAUUUCUACCAGCUGCCCGAUCACAAGAUACAACAACUCAAAGACCAAUCACAACAUCAACCGCAACGACAACUGCGUCAACAUCCACAUCGAGUCCUACAACAACCUCACGACCUACGACUACAUUAUCGCCAACAACAUCUACACAAGCAACAACCACCACGAUCCCACCACCAACGACGACACAACCUACAACAACGACGCCACAAUCCACGACUACGUCUACUACCACGCCACAGCCAACAACAAGAUCGUCUACCACAAAACCACCAACAACCACAUCAACAACAACUGUAAAACCAACGACCAAACUGCCGUCCACGACAACAACGCCGUCCCCAACAACUACUAAGAAAGCACCUAUUCAGCGAAUGAUUAGCACAACGAAAGAGCCACUUCAAGAACCGUCAUCUACACUGACCCCAGAAAAAAGUACUGGGUCGCAGGAUAGUUCUUCGUCUGAAACGCAAGAGAAAACGAUUCCGUCAACAGCCACCAAAGAUGUUUCUAGUGAUACAUCGGGAAACGGUAGUGGUUCCUCCACAAGCCAGAAUCUAUUAUUAUUUUUAUCUUUAUUGGCUUUAUAUCGGUGUAAUUAAAUUUAUUUAUUCUGUU